AUGAGAAGGGACUGCGACGGAAAGCUCAUGUUCAACAUGUAUCUCUCAGAUCCGACAGAAAAUCUCUUGAAAGAUAACAAAGGAGCAUCAUGGGCUCCAAUAAAUACCGGAGCCCAAAAAGGGAGCGGUCAGAUCCAGCUGUGGCAGUUCCUGUUGGAACUUCUGUCGGACAGCAGCAACGUGUCGUGCAUCGCCUGGGAGGGCACCAACGGCGAGUUCAAGCUCAUCGACCCGGACGAGGUGGCCCGGCGCUGGGGCGAGCGCAAGAGCAAGCCCAACAUGAACUACGACAAGCUCAGCCGGGCGCUGCGGUACUACUACGACAAGAACAUCAUGACCAAAGUGCACGGCAAGCGCUACGCCUACAAGUUCGACUUCCACGGCCUGGCGCAAGUGUGCCAGCCGUCGUCGUGCGCGGAGCAGGCCAUCUACAAGUUCCAGGGCAACUUCUCGCCCUGCAUCCCCUUCUCGGGCAUUUCCAAACUCAACCUGCACGUAGCGCCCGCCGUGCACGGGCCCUCGGGCUUCUCCUACUGGGCCGGCUCGCCGUCGGCCGCCGCCCUGUACCACCACCACCAUCACCACCACCACCACCACAGCCACAACCUGCAGCCCCCCGCCGCCGGACCCUUCGCCGCGGUGCCCCCCGGCCACAUCAACACUUUGAGCAACAUCAACAAUCACUACAACUGAGCCCGCGUGGGGUGACGUCACUGCAGGUAAAGGCUGCACCUUGGCGAACUUUUCAUCGUUAUGUGUAAAAAAAAAGAAAGAACGAAAAAAAAAAAAUAGUUAAGAUCUCCGUGUACUAAAAUUCAUGUUGACGAAAAAAAGGACCUUAAGCUAUAUUUAAUAUGGAACGUACUGUAACAUACAUGCACACACAUGUAUGAACAAUAACAAUGAAAAAGAAACAAUAGUAAUCAACUAAAACCGGCGGCACACAAAAGACAUCAAAGAUUUUUUUUGGCGGGGGGGGGGGGCGUGUGAUUAAAGUUAAAUAAAAGUUGACUCUACAUAUAGUUUAAAACUCACUUACAUAUGAGAAGAAAUUACUUUGAUAACUAUUCAAUUAAAUAUAUAUUGCAUUUUGACACUUACAAGUAUAAGAUCAAUAGAUAAAUAAAUUGCGUCAAAAAGAUACUGCAUUAUUGCCAUAAGAAAAAGAAAAGCUGUACUCCAGUCGUGAUUCAGUUCAAAAGCAUUGCACUUCUUCACACAAAAAGUCGAAAAUGAAGGCAAAUAUUGCACUUAAAAAUGAAAUACAAAUGAAGUGUAACCACUAGGUCGGUCCAAUUAAAAUAAAAACGAACACUACUUCUGGUUACCCAAAUCCUUUUCGUCCACGUCAUAAAUGGUAGAAAAUAAUAAAAUCAUUAACAUUGACUUUUUUUUAAUGUACACUUCUACAAAAAAUGGUCUAGGUGACAAAAUACAGCAGUUAUUUACUUUCUCCUGUAUUUCCUUUUUCACACCUGAUUCAUUUUGGACAAAAUUUCCGGUGAAAAAUUCUCACAUUCUGGUUUAAAAUGUAGACCAAGGGAGAAUUCUCAAGUUUGAAUAUUAUAAAAAAGCAAUUCUUCAAGAGUCUGCGUAUAUAAAUAGCUUUUAUACGUGUAUCUAUGGUUACCAGUGCAAAUUCAAUUCAAAAGAAUUACCGAGAUGCAUAAUUAGUCUAAUGGCGCCCUCAUGCGGCCAAUUGUUGACAAUAAACGUCUGAUGUAUUUUUAUCAUCCAGUGGUCUUCAAGUUACGACGCGGCUAUGCUACUCCUGGUGCAACGCGAAUUUGGAUGAGGGCCACAAAUAAGGGAUGAUGAGAAAAAAUGUCAGAACUCAUCUUACGUUCUUACACUGCGUGACCGUUCGUAUCUAAAGAAACGACGUAGGUCGAUACAAUCCAACACCACGUGUAUGUUUGUUAGUGCAUGUGGUUGUAGCUUGCAGUAGUUUAGAACAACACUGCAUCUCACUCAGAGCUAUUGACAUUCAUUUAAAAUAAUUGAACAUCCAUCCAUUUUCUUCGCCGCUUAUCCUCACAAGGGUUGCGGGGAGUGCUGGACCCUAUCCCAGCUGUCAACGGGCAGGAGGCGGGGUACACCCUGAACUGGUUGCCAGCCAAUCGCAGGGUGCAUAGAGACAAACAGCUGCACUCACAAUCACACCUAGGGGCAAUUUAGAGUGUCCAAUUAAUUUUGCACGUUUUUGGGAUGUGGGAGGAAAGCGGAGUGCCCGGAGAAAACCCACGCAGGCACGGGGAGAACAUGCAAACACCACACAGGCAGAGCCGGGAUUGAACCUGGUACCUCAGAACUGUGAGGCCAACGCUUUCAAGAUGAUCCACCGUACUGCCAUACUAGAACAUGUAUUUGAUUAUUAUUAAUACAGAAUGUAAUUACCUGAAAUCAGGAUGAUGAGUACAACUAGUCCUACUAGCUAUAGUAGAAUACACCGCUUCAAAAUACAAGUAACUCUUCAAAUAAGCAUUGUGAUCUUUAGGCAAGAAACAACAACAAUAAAAAUAAAAAACAAUUAUUCUUGUUAAAUAGUAAUUGGAAUAAUUUUCUUCCUUUUCUUCUUUUCCUCCCAUUAUUGUCGAUGCAAAGUGAUGCAUAUCAGAUUUUUUCAAACUUUUCAUUUAAAAGUUACUUUUUAUUAUAUUCUUUGUUUGGAUUUUAUUUAUGUAUUUACUUAUUUUUGACUGGUGCAUUUGAAAACAUUUAUCUUUAUGAUUACGCAAUUAAAACAGUACUUAUACUAUUUUUCUCAUUUUCCUAUUCUUGUUAUUGAAAAAAGAUCAUUCUGU